GAGGCUUUUUCUUGCUUUAUUUCCAAAGAAAGGGAAUGAGAAAGGAAAGGCCCGAACUGGAAUAAACUAAGAAAAAAAACUCAUCUUUUUCCUCUGUCGAACCGUAAAUCCGCAGCAGCAGCAAAGCGAAGCAACCUCAUCCACCGGGUUUUUGUUGUUGUUCUGCCUCCUCCACCGGCCCAAGCAUUCAUUCAAUUUCCCCACGCUCACCACAGAUCAUCGCCUAAAUUUAACCUCCUAAUUAUAUUAAUCCUCACUCUCCCACGCUUUAUUAACAUUCUUAAUUACUAUGGGGAAGCGCAAGCGGGCCUCCUCUGAUCACACCCACCCCGAUCCUCCUCUUCACCUCUCCGGUGUGGUGCCUUUUUCCAAUCAAAUGGAUGUGCUGUCGGAAGAGGAUCAGAGUCUUGCUCGUCCAGUAUUCAUGAAGCGUUCACGUCAUCAGUAUAGUCAUCAAUAUUGUCGGCGAGGUUCAACCAGUCAAGCAAAUGCAUCCACCUCUCGUGAAAAUCGAGUCAGAACUGUACUUGAAGAGCGACCCGCCUUUAAAUUUGCUGCUCAUUGCAACUCAGAGUUCCCAAACCACAUAGAGAGCAUUGAGAAUACCUUUUGGGGGCCAGAGAGGAUAAGGUACAGUUCCUUAGGGAAGGAUGCAAUUUCAUCUCAUGGAGUGAGAAUGCUGUGUGGAAUUUGCCAAAAGCUGAUGAGACGAAAGCUUUGCUUUCUCGGCAACACGCUUUCUUCCAGUGAACUUCCUGUUGCUGCGGUUUUAGUUUGUGGCCAUGUCUAUCAUGCAGACUGUCUGGAGAUCAGGUCAAAGGUCGAAGACAGAAGCGAUCCACCUUGUCCCUUGUGCACGGAACCGUCCACCAAAAUCGACGACUCAAAAGGAGGACAGGCAUGAGUUGAGUUGUACAUAUAAUAUCACAUCACACCAACAAUAGGAGUUAGGCUUGGCUUUGACUUGAAUGGGCAGCUUAGAAGGUGGGAGUUUUUGCAUCCUCGACUAUUUUUCCAUGAACUAAUCUAUCACUAGCACUGUUUUUUUUUUCUUUUUUUUUUUUUGGGAUGGCUGUGAUUUAGAAACAGGAAAUGAUAGUCUUAAAUCACAACUGUACAGAAAAUAGUGAUAACCAGUCGAAAAAUAACGUGGAUUCGUCGUCCUCCAUAGAUUGCGGCUUGUGUAGAACUAGACUGACAAGUGCAAGUCCUUUGUUACCUUCUGGAUUUUUGUUAUCUAGCAGCAGAGGAUUUUAGUUGAGACAUCUUCCUGGGAUUAUGUAAUUCUCUAAAGUAAUGUUGAAAGAUACAUAUUUUAGCAA